AGAGGCUCUCUUUGGCGCGGGUUCCGCCGGGUGGCCGUGGCCUCGUCAUCCUGGUUUGUCUCUGGACGUGACCUUGAGCUCCCAACUUCCCAGCUUGCCUUGGGUACCCCAUGGCAAUGUCCUCUCCCCCAGCACCACCGGCUAAAAAGCGGAAGAUGAACUUCUCUGAGCGGGAGGUGGAGAUCAUUGUGGAGGAACUAGAGCGGAGCAAGCACCUGCUCAUCAACCACUUCAACGCGGGCGUGUCACUGGCUGCCAAGGCGACUGCCUGGCACAACAUCCUACGGCGCGUGAAUGCCGUGGCCACCUGCCGCCGGGAGCUGCACGAGGUCAAGAAGAAGUGGUCAGACCUCAAGACGGAGGUGCGCCGCAAGGUGGCCCAAGUCCGAGCUGCGGUGGAAGGAGGUGGCGAUGGGCACGAUGGAACUGGUGAGGGCCAGGAUACGGAGGAGCCGACUGGCGCAACUGCUGCUCCGGUUAUCCUCACCCCCAUGCAGCAACGAAUUUGUAACCUGCUGGGAGAAGCCACCAUUAUAAGCCUGCCUGCUGGAGACUGCACUGCUGCAGAUGGGUCUGAAAUUCCAAUCACGGCCGCAGCCACUACUGUCACUCUUACCCAGAUUCCAGCAGAGACAACCUACCACAGUCUGGAGGACGGCGUUGUGGAGUACUGCACGUCAGAGACCCCCACCACGGUCACUGCCGAAUCGCCCUUGGAGAUGAUGACCCAGCAAGCCGAGGUCUCCAUGAAGCCUCAGGAGCUGAAGAGCAGAAUUGCCCUCAACUCAGCAAAGCUCCUGCAGGAGCAGCGGGUGACCAACCUGCACGUGAAGGAGAUCGCCCAGCAUCUGGAGCAGCAGAAUGACCUGCUGCAGAUGAUCCGCCGCUCUCAAGAAGUGCAGGCAUGCGCACAGGAGCGCCAGGCCCAGGCCAUGGAAGGGACACAGGCUGCUCUGAGCGCCCUCAUCCAGAUCCUUCGCCCCAUGAUUAAGGACUUCCGUCGCUUCCUGCAGAGCAACACCCCUGCUCCUUCCAUGGCUGUAGACCCCAGCCAGGCAGCCCAAAACGGACAGCAGGACGGUAUCAUCCAGUGAAGGCGAACGUUACCAG